AUGAACUUCGAAGGUUUUAGCUACGGCUAUGACUUUGAGAAUGAGAACAAUCAGAGUCCACGUCCACAACAACAACAACAACCACAACAAGCGCCAGUCUUCCCUCCUCAAUUCUGGUCCGCCCCGACACCUUCCUCAGACCGCUCCUCUCUUUCCUCGCAAUCUACGGCAACCGCCAUCCCGUACCAUGGUCUGAGUCCCGAUCACUUCUACCCCGACACUCCCCCUCCCGCUGCGGCGCAGCUUCCAUCCCACCAGCAGCAGCCAGACGCCGACUUCGAGGCCAUAGCGCCCUGGGUGCCUUCACCGCCAGAAAACUUUUCGCCUCCCACGCUUUACGCGGUAGAGCGAUUGCAGGGCUUCGAACCAAUUCAGACGCCUCCCGUUGCCCAUCAUCGUCGUCAACGGUCGCGCAAUCCGUAUAAUACACCAACGGUGCGUUUCGACGAGGCCCAGCUUGCAAUGAAUGAGGCCGAGAAUGCGGACAGGCCGAGGUUGGCUAGGGAGGAAAUGGCCCAAGGAAACGGCCAGGUGACGCCGGGAGUGGAUGACACGCCUUUCAUUCAGUACGCGCUGGAGGCAUUGACGAGAGAGGACGGCGUGCCACUUUCGCAGAGUGAUUCCUCAAAUGGUGGUGGUUCCUUUACCGGCCCUGAACCAGUCGUCCCCGUCGCGACUCAGCCGAGGACCUCUGUCGCAAAUACGGAGCCAAUUAUCGCCGCACCUCCAACCACUUCCCGCUAUUCACAACAACAACAACAACAACCACCGGCGUCGUCCGCUGCUCGUCCGGGCCAACUAGCGCCGGCCGCCCCCAUUCGCCCUGGUUUCGGCGCCGUUGACGAUAAUACGCCGUCCUUUUCGUCAACUAGUACCGCGAGCGCCCCCGCCUAUGUGAAGGCGCGGUCGAAUUUGUACAGCGCCAGCAAGCGAAUUCCCGUUGCCCAUUCCGACGUCGGCCCAGGCACUCGAUACGGCAACAAAUCAGCCCCGCUGACUUACACGCCCGGCAUCCUCCGCAUCCCCUCCUUCUUGCUCUUGACGACGUUAUGCCUCUUCAUGAUUGCAGCCCUCACCCUUUCCGCCGCAUACUCUAAACAGCACGAUGGGCUAUUGAUAUACCCCGGAACGCCGAGUGGCGGCCAUUACUUUUUGUUUCGCAUCUUGCCGCAGCUGGUUGGUGCUGUAAUAAUGCUCUACGCCCAGGCCAUGAUCCUCACGACUUUUCGCAUUCUGCCUUUUGAGCGUAUGUCCCGCGACGACCCCCUAGAACGUUACGGCGCAAUCUUUCAGCAUUUAUACCCAAAGUCUUUUCUCUGGCCUCAUCUUGUCGGGCCCGUGCCGAUUAAAAUCUGCAUCUUUGUUACGUGGCUGUUGAACUUUACGAUCCCGCUUUUAUCGUCGCUUUUUGGAAUUAUUUUCUUCGAAGGGGAAUGGAUAUGGGCCACGGUCCAGGGCGUCGCGUGGACGCUCGUGGUGAUUUAUGUUUUUUAUCUUAUUUCCGUCUUGCUUCUUGCCUGGUUCUGGUUCGGUCGUGUCACUGGUAUGAUCUGGGACAUCAGGUCUAUCGCGGACAUGGUACCCAUGCUGCACUAUUCCAACGUCAACCACAGCUACCACGGUACUCAGGGAGUUGAGACGCUUGGCCAGCUAGAGUACAAGCUCCGGGAGCGUGCCAUCGAUAGGCUUGGGUACUGGAGACUCGAGAGAGUAAGCACCGCUCCGGAAGAGGACCAGGGAGGGUUCCUUUGGUGGGGCAUCGGAGCAGCUCAGGAGCACCAGACCAUUGAAGAGUUCUUUUCACAGUCCAAGAAGAAGGCCAAAUUCUACAAGACGGACGUUGAAUCCGCGCACUCGAGUCUCACGCAGAUCCCAAGGGCGAUGACGCCGGAGACACGGUAUCGAUACUUACCGUGGUGUCUGCGCAACGUCCAGAUGCUCUGCUUCGUCAUUGUCGGUGCGGCCCUCUUGGUGGUGCUCCUUGUGCUUUCGUUCCACCCCAACACGAAGUUGUCACGGGGCUUUUGGCCCAAGCUCCCUGCGCGCCCGGACAGGAACGCAUUCUCGCCCGCCAACUUUGUGUACCGGUUCAUUCCUUCGCUACUGGGAGUGAUACUGUACUUACUCUUCCAGUCCCUGGACAUGUCAUACCGGCAACUCAUGCCAUGGGCUGAGCUGUCCAACCCGGAAGGAUCGACCGCUUCCAAGUCCGUCCUCCUCGACUACCCGGCCUGCCUUCCGCUGCAGUCCACCUUCAAGGCCCUCAAGAACAGGCACUACCGCAUGGCACUCAUCUCACUCCUUUCGACCCUCUUCAUCUUCCUACCCGUUCUUGGCGGUGGCUUGUUCAUGGCCCUUACCGUAAGCGGCACCUCGGAUGUACGCAUGUUCCCCAAUAUGCCCGUCUUCGGCGUCACGCUUGCCCUGUUGGGUCUCUUCGUCUGCGGGCUCGCGGCGCUGCUUCCGAGCCGGGGAUCGUACCGCAUGCCUCACGCCGUGACAUGCCUCGCUGAGAUCUUUACGUUCAUCACGAACGAGGACAUCACGGAGGACGCGGCCUUCCGGUUCCCGAGGAGCAGGGAGGAUCUCCUGGACAGGCUUGGCGUCGAGAGGGAGGUGGGGGAGCAGUCUAGGUGGCACUUAGGUGUGGCUCCCGGAAGGGACGAGACUUUGGGGGUAAGGAGGUUGCGGAAGUUUACUGAGAAGAGGCCGGUGACGAGGAGGGGUGUUGCUGCCGUCUAG